AUGUACAGCUACCACUUGCCAUCGCCCAUGUCGUCGCCUGCUUCCAAAAUGCUGUGCUCCACACCCAGAGAGCCGUUGCUUGAGGCCGCCACGAUAACGCCCUACAGCGCCACGUUCGCCCAGAACGACUCAGAAGAUGAUCUAGAGCUUAUGUCCGCGCUAGACAAGAUACACUAUGACCAGAAAGCGCGCUCAGACGUCAUGUUCAAGCCGUUUCUCGCGUCCUCGUCACCCAUUCGCGGCGACGACGUUGCCACAACCUACAACCAGGCCAUGCGCAGCCGGAAUCGCUUGCGGGCCAACAAACAGCGCCAGGACACGCGACAGGAGAAGAUUUUGCAGCGGCGUGGUGGCGCGGUCCGCAUGGAUGAAGAAAUCAUGAAGGCAGAAGAACAGGAGUUCUUGGAGCGGAUGCAGCAGGAGGCCUCCAAGUACGAAGUGGAGUGCGAAGACGAGUAUUGGUACGGAGAUGAUGAGUAUCUCCUCGAGAAUGGACCGAAAGAGGCUACUCUGGCGUAUGAGCGCGAGUUGGAAGAGAUGUUGCGGCUAGAGGAGGAGGAGUUGAUUGCCAUGACCCAGGAAAUGACUAUCGAGGCCCAGAGCAUACCGGUUCUGCUUCACAUUGCAGAAACGCUCAUAUACUACAAGCAGGCAACCUUGAAAGCGGUCGAGGCGACCACACAGAGCACGAUCCGCUGGCAACAGACCGAGGGGGAGUAUCAGUUUGUCGUCAGCACCGAGACCAGACUCGGCGUCAAGGCUGCCGUAGAGGCUAUCCAGAGAAUACAGCUGGAAAUAGCCGAACAAACCGUCACGGUCAGGAUCCACCCGGGGGUCGUGCCCUACGUUGUGUUUGACAACUGGGACCCCCUCCGAAGAGAAGUAAGCGCCACCAAAGAGGCUGGAUUGGUGAGCAGAGAGGUGAAAACAGACCCUAUAGUGGCCACCGGAUCCACCAGAGCCUGUCAUAUAUUGGAUUCGCCCAGAUGGAGCCAGUUUGUGUUCAACUCGCGUGAACUGACAGCCCACGCAACUUUUCCGGUUAUAGCUCAGUUUGGCAACACAGUAAUCCACUUUGACAGGCAUAAUAGCGCCUCACUCCAGACAAUCUCCAUCAUCUCUCCGGAAUAUACGUCUCGGCAAGCAUUGAAACGCAUUAUGGAGCGCAAUAUCAGCCGUUAUAUGGGUCUAUCCAAAGACGUAUCCAUCGCCAAGCCGAUAUCACGGUGUAUCUUCGGCCUCAACGGUUCCGCUUUUGCCAGACUAGAGCGGUACACUAAUACAACUAUUAAGACCAGCGAGGAUGUCAAGAUAACUAGCAGUGUUUCCCGAGACAAAGAAAUGACUAUUAGUGUAUUUGGUGAGGAGCUGAACGUCGCUCAAGCCAUUUCAAUCCUUAAGCUCGAAUAUCGCCGCGUUCAGGACAACGUCGAGACGAUAGACAUCCCCCAGAGCUUGAUGUAUCCGCUUAUCCACUACGAAAAGCAACUCAGCACUCAGGCAUGCACAGGAGGCACCACCCGGUUCCACGUCGAACAGCUGUCUCUGACGUCUUCCCGAGUGGUUAUCUACGGUCACAGCAAAAAAGAUGUCUGGCUGUUGAAAGAAGCGCUACUUAAGUUCAUUGAGAGGUUGGAAUGCAUGGCGGAGGUGAUUAGCGUCCCUCCGGAGUUUUUGAGUGCGCUCGUGGGAGAAGGGGCCCAGAAUUUGAGACAAAAUGGCGUCCAUAUCCAACAAAACGGCACAAGUCUUGUCGUCUAUGGGACGGAUAAGCGAGACAUAGCCCUGGCAUACAAGUCUCUCAAGGACAGAUUGGCACAAUUGACCGCAGACAGCGGUGGGAUUUCGUUUCCUGGACAGUAUGAACCGGCCAUGAUUGGAGUGUAUCCCGGCGGAUCUAAGCUAGACGAUAUCAGGAAGAAUAGUGGUGCCUAUAUAUCGGUAACAAAAGACAAAAAUGCCGCCACUACGUUUGUAGUGAUCGGUGAGGCCGCAACAAAGGCCAGGGUAGAAGAGCAGUUGAAUCGGAGGUUGAAGUUGGUCACUACCCAAGCAAUAGUGGUGGAAGUUCCCAAACAGCUCCAUAAAAUGGUUCUUGGGUAUCACGGCCACCUCCACUUCCUUCGCUACAUGUUCCCUGCUGCCACGCUCUCGAGGUUGAACGACUCUCAAAUCUUGGUCCUAGGAGAGAACAAGAAGCAGACAAAUGCAAUCGCCGAACGGUUAAUGGCAAAUUUGCUGAUGUUGCAGGACAACAUGCAUGAGAUUAGCGUACCCAAGAGCCAUGUUGAAAAGUUCUUGAAGGCUGCAAAGAGCGUGCUUCAAAAGGCACCAUCUAACGUUUUCUGGGAAACGAGCUCGAAGGUGUCCAUCUCCAGUCUCAAUAAAGCCGAUGCGUACGGCACUUAUAAAAAGAUCCAGAAACUUGAAACAGCGAAGGUUGUGGCCAGAAUUCCCGAUGGAUUGGUGUACUUGCUCACAGGGAUUGAUGGGUUACGCCUAUCAGACUCGUUAGCACCAAUCACUAUGACCAAUACGCAAGGCGCCUCCGGUGGUGCUCCAGGCCAGAACUCCGAUGUGGCACCAGGCCAGAGCUCCGAUGUGGCACCAGGCCAGACAGGCGAGGCUAGCCCCGCGCUCGUCCGCCUUAAGCUCCUCGACGCGCUUCGUGCAGGCGAUGCUACACGUGCGUCUGCGCUUGCAACCACCACGCCCGCGAUCGGAGCCCAGCUCCUCCACCUCGCAGUCCAGAUUGCGCCUCUCCCAACCAUUACCUCUCUCCUCCCCUCGCUCGACGUCGACGCUGUCAACGCGCGUGACGCGGACGGAAACACGCCGCUCCACCUCGCAGUUCUCGCCGGCCGUGCAGACCUCGUGGUGUUCCUUCUCGGGCUCCCGGCCAUCAACGACACGAUCCCCAACAACACUGGGCUCCAGGCAGUAGAGCUCGCGCGCGACAUUCCGCUUGCACAGGUGAUGCAGGUAGAGCGCGCCAAGUUUGUGGAGCGCGCGGCAGGGCGUCUUCGCGCGGCGUUGUCCGCGCGCGACUAUGCCACCCUCGAUACGCUCUUUGCGACGCCACGUGUGGUCGACCUCUUGGAUAUUAACGGUACGGACCCCGAGACGGGUGACGCGGUGCUCCACGAGUUUGUACGUGCGCACGAUAUUGACAUGUGUCGCUGGAUCUUGGCCCACGGCGGUGAUCCGUUCAAGCGCGACCGCCGCGGUCGCUUACCUAGCGAGAUCGCGAAGGGGCACCCCGCGCUUGUAGCGCUUCUCCGCGAGGCCGCGGGCGACCAGUCCGUCAUCGGCGUCACCACGUCAACUAUCGACCCGACCUUCAAGGGUUAUCUCCGCAAGUGGACCAACUUUGCGCUGGGCUAUAAGCUCCGUUACUUCAUCCUUGACCAGAAUGGGGUGCUCUCGUACUACCGUGACCAGGAGGAUACGGCCAAUGCGUGCCGUGGGUCUCUCAACCUUGGCAACGCAACGCUCCACUUGGACUCGUCCGAGAAGCUCAAGUUUGAAAUUCUCAGCGGAAACAGAGAAGUCAAGUGGCACUUGAAGGCGAACCACCCGGUCGAGUGUAACCGCUGGGUCUGGUCGUUGCAAGGGGGGAUUCGCGUUGCGAAGGACCGUGUGGGUGGGCAGCCUACCGUUACCCAGGCCUCCGGGACCCUCCCAGGGCCCAUUGCCGGUUCUUACUUGGCUCCUGGACGUAAGGGACACUCGCGGACUCCCAGUUUGGCCAGCACAGCCUCAGAAAAAAAAGCUAUGCCGUCGCACGCCCGCACGCGCAGUGAUGCCAGCUCUGUAUCUGUCUCCUCCAGAGAGAGCCCCGAAGUUGUCAAGAAGUCGCGUUUCACGAGAAUUCGCCAGAAGCUCCGGUUCAAGGUGGUGGACGAGCCGGAGGCGGAGUACACCUCUGACGAAGAGGGCUACAUUAAUGACUACCCCGAGGAGGAGAAGGGGGAGGAGGUGGAGGAGGUGGACAGCCGUCUUGAGAUUCUCCAGUUAGUGGGUCCGCAUGGCGAGGAGGCCAGCGUGGCGAAGCGGACACUCGAGAUUGAACUCAGCUCCGUGAUGGAAUUGGUGGCUAGUGGCGGGGCCGGCGAGGGCGCGGUUUUGGGCUCGAGCUUGGCGACGGUCCAGACACUUUUUGCGCGCUACGCGGAGUUGAUGGAGGCGCGGGAUUCCAAGUUGAUCAAGACGUUGGAGAGACAGCGCGAGAUCAACCAGUUGUGGGAGCGGUCGAUUAGAGAGUUGGAGGCAGAGAUUGGCGACCGGGAGCGGUUGUUGGUUGAAUUGGAGGCACAGAAGAAGAGCUUGAAGGGGGCCCUCCGCGAAGCAAACGGAGCGGCUCGCAACGCCAAGACAGAAGCCCAGGAUGCUCCAGCUGGAAUUGAGGCCAAGGUUAUCUCCCCUGAAGAGACCCUGGAGAUUGUCACCCCCGCGAUCCUUGUUGAAAAUGCCUUGCAAACCACGCUUGAAACGAUCCAGGAGUCUGAGUCUGUCAGGUCGGCGGUGGUUCAAACCACUGUGUACAGCGAGCGUGUGCGCCAGAUAAUGGAGGAGGAUUCGGACGACGAGUUCUUCGACGCGGAUGAGUACGACGAGAUGGUGGGUGAGGUUAGUGUCACGGGCAGCCAGGCCCCACCAGCAUACCUUUUAAUGGACCCUACAGGGACUGGGAAAACGGUGAGCGCGUAUGGCGAUUCCAAGAAGGUGGAAGCGGCCGGUUCGGGUGAAGAGACCGAUGGCGUCGUUUAUAAAACCCCUGUCGGAGGUGUCUCGGGCGAAUUACCUUCCCGUGAGACCGUCGCUGCUCCGAAAGACAUAAAGGAUGCUCCGACAGACCUUCUGAAUGAAAAGAUGAAGGAGAUUCAGUCGGACCUCAGUUUUUCCGGGUACUCUGCUGCGCCUCGUACGAGGCUUGAUCUCAGCGAGGAUAACCGGCCGAAGAUUUCGCUCUGGGGCAUUCUCAAGUCCAUGGUGGGUAAAGAUCUCCUGAAGAUUUCGCUUCCCGUCUCGUUCAACGAGUGCACGUCGCUCCUCCAGCGUGUGGCAGAAGACAUGGAGUACACUUCACUUCUUGACACGGCCGCCGCUUUCGAUGAUUCCACGCUCCGGAUGGUUUACGUCGCGACGUUUGCGGCCUCUGAAUACGCGUCCACGCUCAACCGUGUGGCCAAGCCGUUUAACCCGUUGCUCGGGGAGACGUACGAGCUCGCCAGACCCGAUGGUAACUUCCGCUUCUUUACCGAGCAGGUUUCACACCAUCCGCCAAUCAGUGCCACGCUCGCCGAGUCACCGCUCUGGGACUAUUACGGUGAAUCGGCCGUCAAGUCCAAGUUUAACGGCCGCUCCUUUGACGUUCUUCCCCAGGGAACCUGGUACCUCAACUUGCGCAGCAAGGUGACCGACAAGAACGGGAACAAGGUGGCGUCCGAAUUGUAUUCGUGGAAGAAGAUUACAUCCACGGUGACGGGCAUCAUCUCCGGAAGUCCGUCGAUUGACAACUACGGGGAGAUGGAGGUGACAAACCACACGACAGGGGAUACGGUGGUUCUUGACUUCAAGCAGCGUGGGUGGAGAGCUGCUGGGGCGUACGAGGUCCGCGGGACGGUGUUGGAUGCGCAACAAGACCCCCACUGGGUUAUCGGUGGCCACUGGAACCACAAGAUCUACGCCAAAAAGACAUCUAGUGCAUCGGUCAACAGCGCCCACAAAGCUAUCGUGACGGACUCGGAGGCCAAAUCCACGCCCAGCCAGGACGCGAAGUUUUUGGUGUGGACCGUGAAUUCGCGUCCGAAAUCACCGUUCAACUUGACCCAGUUCAGCAUUUCAUUGAACGAGUUGACCGACGAGCUUCGCGAGUGGUUGCCGCCGACAGACACGCGAUUGAGACCGGACCAGCGCGCCAUGGAGGAUGGAAGGUAUGAUGAGGCUUCCAACGAGAAGAUGCGUGUUGAGGAAAAGCAGCGUGCGACCAGAAAGAGGAGAGAGUUGGCCAACGAGGUGUACUCGCCGCAGUGGUUUGUCAAGAAGACGCACGAGAUUACGGGUGAGAGCUACUGGGAGUAUACGGGCCAGUACUGGAAGCAGAGGAGCCAGAAGGCGUUCAAGGUUGAAGAAAUCUUUUAG